UAGAGUAAAUAUAUUACUAUUUUUAUUUUCCCAACCUAGAACAACUUCUUCUUUCUUCUUCUUCUUUACUGGCGUAGAAUCCGCUACACGCUUAUAGACGAGUUAACAACAGCGCGCCAGUCGUUUCUUCUUUUCGCAAUUUGGCGCCAAUUCGAAAUAACAAAUGCAGGCAGGUCCUUCUUCACCUGAUCUUUCCAAGCGUAUGCGCUGUCUUUUAAUUCGCUGAACUAUGUCAUACAGCUCAUCGAAUCGAAGUCGAAUUUUCUCUCGAAAACUUGUAACGUCGACUCAUCAGAUGUUGUCAUCGUCCAUGCCUCUGUACCAUAUAGCAUCACGAGAAUACUGAGUGACUUAUAGAGUUCGAUAUUUGUUUGUCGGGAGAAGACUUUACUUCUCAAUUGGCUACUCAAUCCGAAGUAGCUCCUGUUGGCAAGAGAUAUUCUGCGUUGGAUUUCGGGGCUGACGUUGUUGUUGGUGUUGGUUCCAAGAUAGACGGAAUUAUUUACGACUUCGAAAUUAUAUCUGUUUACAGUGACGUAGGUGCCCAGUCGCGAGUCCGACGACUGUUUGUUUGAUGACAGGAGAUAUUUCGUCUUGACCUCGUUUACUACCAGACCCAUUUUCUGUGCUGCCUUGUUCAUUCUGGAGAAAGCAGAAGUAACGGCGCGGUUGUUAAGGCCAAUGAUAUCAAUAUCAACAGCAUAUGCCAGCAGCUGUCCACUUAUAUAAAAGAUUGCAAAGAUUCUCAAUUAAGUUCUGCAGCUCCAAUUAUUUUUUCCAGCAGUGGAUUGAAGAAGUCACACGAUAGGGAGUCGCCUUGUCUGAAACCUUGUUUUGUAUCGAACGACUCGGAGAGGUUCUUCCUUUCACGGGUAUUUUCUAAAAGUUGGCGCAUGGUGAACAUUUGGUCGGUUGUUGAUUUUUCAGUUCUAAAGCCACACUAAUAAGGUCCAAUCAGUUUGUUGACGGCGGACUUUAAUCUUUCACACAAUACGCUCGAUAGAACCUUAUACGCGAUGUUGAGGAGGCUUAUCCCACGGCAGUUGCGCAGAUUGUGGGGUUUCCUUUUUUGUGGAUUGGGCAGAGCACACUUAAAUUCCAAUCGUUGGGCAUGCUUUCGUCCGACCAUAUUUUACAAAGAAGCUGAUGCAUGCUCCUUAUCAGUUCUUCGCCACCGUACUUGAGUAGGCGGCCGGCAGUCAUUCGGCCCCCAUCGCUUUGUUCUUCAAAUGGGUAAUUGCUAUCCGAACUUCUUCAUGGUCGGGCAAUGAAUUGUCAUCGACUAGGGAAUCGGGUUCACCAUCUCCUGGUGUUACACUUUCACUGCCAGGCUGGAGAAGUGUUCCAUAGAACAACCAAUUUCAUUUAAGUGAGCCCAAUGAUGCAUUUUAAAUUUUUAUUACCAGGAAUGCUAAAAAUGCAUUUAAAAGUAAUUGAAUUAAUAUUUGAGCUACAUAUUUUUAAACAAAAAACUCGAUUAUAAAAAUUUUAACUCAAAGCGUAUAGAAAAAAAAUUUAUCCCAGGUACGAGUUUAACAAAUUAAAAAUAAAAAUUUUAAUCCAAAAUACAGAAUUGUAAAAAGUACCCAAGUAUAAAAUUAAGAAGUAAAAAAAGAAAUUGUUUUAAAUUAAAAUUUUUUUGCGUUUGCGUACUUCAUGUUCUACUAUUUUGAACUGAAGAUCGCACAGAGUAAUCUCUUCAAUACUCCAGAUCACUGGUGGGCAAACUGAUCGUACGAUAAUCUAACGUUAUAAAAACUUCUGGUGGUAUUGAGAGUUUCGAAAUGUAGUGAUUAAACAGUAGUGGGAAGAGGACAUCACCCUUCAAAACUUUCUGUUCAAUUUUCCUUAAUUUAGUUCAGAUAGUUCAUGGUCCAGGGUUGUGUGAUUGGUUUUGUUAAGAGGUGGUGGCUUUUGAUUUAAGCCGUGAAUUAUCUGGACGUUUAUGUCGUUUAGUGCGGUGAUGGUGCUGUGAAAGCCAUGUUGGUGGUCUAUGGGACGAUAAGACACCCCUUGGUUGGCGAGGUUUCUAGGUUUGGGUAGUGUGACAACUUAACGAUUUUCCACCCAUUGUGUAUUUGAAUAGAAGGUAGCGACAGGUUGAGGACCAUGGUUAAGUAGAUUACUCGCGUCGAGGUUAGAUACUUGGCUUUGUUGUUGACAUUCCGAACCUCCUUAUCGGUGAACGUAAGUUGCGCGCAGACGUCGGGUAAUAUAUCUUUUCGUUUUGUCUGUCUAAGGGUGCAGUGUUAACUGUCGGCUAAAAUAGCUCGCCUGCUUCUUCUGGUUCGAGGAGGCCUGGCCAUCGAAUGAAAUUUCAACCCGAUCACCAUGUCUCUUCGGAUUUAACAAGGCCUUGACAGUAGUCAAAAACGUACUCACAGCAGUGGAUACAUUACAAGACUUCCAACUCUCUAUUCAUUUUGCCCGCUUAGGUUGGUCUACCAUUUGCCGAAUAUCCAACUGAUAUCCAUUGUUCGGGGAUCAGCAUGGUGUGAGGUGUCGCGCUCAAUAGCUAGAAUAGAAAGUAAAUUGGGUGAAGUUCCGCGAUUUUUCCAGCUGUGAUCCCUCUUUGGAAGUUACUUUCGCCAACGGCUCCGUCCGUAGGAAUGGAUAGUGCGGUGAAAGUGCUCUCAGUGAAUAAAGUCAGGAGGUCUCUCGAUCCAAAUAAUUAUGGGCAGAUGGUCUGAGAGUUAGCAGAAGUCGCCAGGAUAUGCUAUUUACCACCACUAGCUACGGUAAUAUCAGGCGAACUAUUGCAGGUGCCCAUAAUUCGGAUGAGGGCUUCGUCAUUCAUUGAAGAAUAUCGAAUCGCCGUAUCUUAUUCGCCAGCUCCAUGCUCCUACGAUCAUCUGACAGUUAUAAGUGCUAAAGAUCGUACCCGUUAAAGUUACAUAGUGUCAAACGGUUUUCACUAGGAAGUAACAUUCUCAUCUUCGAGUGAUAUGCUGUUAGCAACGUGGAGCGGGGUUGUCUGAAAAGUAAUAGGAUUGAGUCGAUUUAAAAAAAUUGAACCAAUCGUUACAAAUCAAAACUAUCAGAAUAGGCUCCUUCUUCGUCGAUGCAGUGCUGCCAGCGCGAUUUCCAAGCAUUGAGAGCGUCAAUGAAGGCAUGCUAUGGAAUAGCCUUGAGAGCCGAGGUGCAUGCAACUUGGAUCCCCUCUGUCAUCUUAAAAUGCUCGGGAUCAUACUCAAAGAUCCAUGACUCGUCACCUGUGAUUACGUUAUUUAAAAAUUGGGGGUAAAAUUUACACAUGUUAUAAUUUUCUUGACACACUUCCACUGGCCACAAUUUCUGGUCGUCAGUGCACACUUUUGGGACCAUCUUCGCGCACACCUUGCGCAUGUUCAAGUGCUCCAUCACAACGUCAUGAACCAUAUCAUGGUGUACAACCACCUACCAAUCCUUGGUUUGCAGCCCCAGGAUUUUCCAGCCAGCCGAUUGCACACCAUUAGUGCUUUUGUCGCCUUGACCAAGGUCAGGUCAACAUACUGAUUCCACCCCAAAGGGGAAUCCAGCUUGAGACUAAAAUAUUUGACCAUGUUGGUCAUCUCCAUCUCUCUGUCCCCAAGUAACAUUGGCAGCGGAUUCCAUUGUCAGCAAUGCUAGAAGGUCAUCCACGACAAGACUCCAUAGCAUGGGGGAUAGCACUCCCCUCUUUAGGCAGCCCCUUCUUGUUGUACCAAGACGAAUCCUUGUAUCUCCUACUGUGGUUUCAGCUAUUCUGGUUCGCAUGCCCUGACUUGAAGGAGGUGAAAUUUUCACAGAAUCUCCUAAAGCCUGCCUGCUUAGCACACGUAAUCUCCUUGUAAUGUACAGUUAAGUUCCAAAGAGAGCCUGCUCGCUAUGACAGGGGGUGUAGUUUCACCUGUACAACAUCCACGUUGACGGCUACUACAAGAUCGGUUCAAAGAGGAGCGCUCUUCAUGUUCUGCCGUGAUGUCGCUGGGUGGAGUGGCAACCUCAUCUACGAGCAUCUUCUCGGUUCCUCUGCUCCCGGUGGCCGUUGUAGACUUAUAAGGCCUCAAGACCACCGAGCUGAACCUAUAGUUCAGGCGGAAGCUUGCUCCCGGACGUACUUAUCCGACUCCUCGUCGAUACAUAGUUUCAGUCUCCAUCCGGUAUCCUCGACCUUGCUGCUGACUACUCGCCAGGCCGAAGGACUGAGGCCUAAAUUCUGAUUUAAUUAGACCAAGAGUAAACUCGUGCGGCCUACAUGGGGAGAUACAUCGUCAUGCUGUACAUGAUCCCCUCUUCUUGCGCAGAGGACAGCCAUCCAGCUUGGAAGCGAUAUCGUCCUUGCAGUCCACCUGCAACAUACCUCCACUGAAAUCGACCCAAAUGGAAGGACGCUGCGUAUGCAGUACUUCUCAAUACCUCUUCAAUGAGGAGCUCCUGAAGCACGGUGAGGUCUUCCGAUUCUAACGUCUCCGCCAUCACCAUUUGGAUGCCGUUUAGAGCAUCCUCAUAUCUGUGUCGUUUCUCCUCUCCUCGGGGGGAUUUGGUGCGGUUGGUCUCCGGCUGCCUUCGUGCUGUUGCCCUUCAGCAUUUUAAAACUGGGGGCUUCUGCGGCGUGAUUUGCCCACUUCGUGGUUUGUGUCUGGGUGCUCAAAGGCGCUGCUUUUCCGCUAAACGAAAAUAAUUCAGCCAAAAAGAAGAGAAAAAGUCUCCGUACAUAACAUAAUUAGCUUGAUGUAAGAAAUUUUUUAUUUUUAAAAAUAUAUUUUGAUUUUGCUGAUAGGACAACCUCUUCCCUUAAGGACUUCUGCAAUUCGUAGUGGCUUGGUAUGGAUCAACUUAGAUGUGUCCUAUUUACUGAUUUUACCUAAUUUCUCCAUGAUAACGUUUUUGAUCAUUUCCUGUGCAGGUGAAUCCUACCCUCGAGCAAAUCCCACAAAUGCUCUAUAGGAUUAAGAUCUGAGGAUUGGGGUAGCGUACGAACUGAUGCUUAGUAUUGUAGAGCAACCAAAUUUGCUAAAUGCUUCGGAUUACUGUCAUGUUGAAACCAAAAAUCGUUACCAAGCUCCAACUGUUCAACACUUACCUUCAUAUUUGUUUUCAAAAUAUUUAAAUAAGAAUAUUGAUCUAUUGUUGACUCAAUAAAAACAAGCUUUCAACUUUUUCAGCCGCCAUACAUCUCUAGACUAUUACACCAGCUCCUCCAUGUUUCACAGUCGGGAAAAGGUUUUCUUUUUCGGGGGCUGUACCGCUCUAACGCCACACAAGCUUUCUUCCUUUGAUAUAAUAUAGAAUAUUUGCUUUCAUCUGAGAAUGGAAACUUUUCUUCGAAAUUCUGGAGACUUAUUUGCAAAAUCUAUACCUUUUCUUCUAUCUACGUCUGAAAUGUAUGGCUUCUUUAAUUAUUCUUCAAUGUUUUCUUUACAAUAUCCCUAUAAAUAUCCUUAUUAAGCGAUUUUUUGAUUUUUAAAUUAUUUAUUACCUUAGGAUUUUCUCUUACUGAGCGCAAUAUUUCAGGUUUUUCAAGUUGGUUAACUUGCAAGGUCGGCCAGAACGAGGUUUUACCGAAAUGGAAAAAGUUUUUUAGAAAUUUUGUACGACGUGCUGCUGGAGGAUGGAGUCAUGUGUAAAAGUUCACGCAAGUGAGGUAAGUUCUCUGAUCGCCAUUCACUUGGGAGUGGCCAGAAAUGAUUCUUUUACAUAUGGCUCAAGCAGCUCACGACUUCCGGUUUUUGACCAAGUAUCCUCUGGGUAGCCUAAGAACAUCCGUUUGAAGGCGAGCUAAAGUGAGAAGGCAAAACAUUCCCUACAUAGGGUUGUGCGCUGGGUUUGGGACCCGCCACGUAAAAAACAGUACCCACGAAAACUAAACGACAGCCUCGGACGAGAGACCACCGUUUUGCUGACGACCAUGGCAAACGAAAUAAGAACUACGAUUUGAGGGCAUGCACCUGGAAUGUCCGGUCCCUUAAUUGGGAAGGUGCCGCUGCCCAGCUGGUUGAUGUCCUCGUGAAAAUAAAGGCUGACAUCACCGCCGUCCAAGAAAUUCGAUGGACGGGACAAUGACAGAAACGAGUAGGUCCUUGUGGCAUUUACUACAGCGGCCAUAUAAAGGAGAGCAAGUUUGGUGUGGGAUUCGUGGUGGGAGAGAGACUCCGUCGCCGAGUAUUAUCAUUCACUCCGGUGAAUGAACGUCUAGCCACAAUCCGCAUCAAAGCGAGGUUAUGUUGAAGAACGCUGAUUUGCGCCCACGCCCCGACGGAAGAGAAGGACAAUGUGACCAAAGAUGCCUUUUAUGAGUGCUUGGAGCGCACUUAUGAAGGCUGCCCCCGCCACGAUGUCAAAAUCGUGCUUGGCGACUUUAACGCGAGGGAGGACAAAGAAGGUAUCUUUGGCACUACGGUCGGUAAAUUCAGCCUCUACGACGAAACAUCCCCAAAUGGGUUGAGGCUGAUUGACUUCACCGGGGCCCGAAAUAUGGUUAUCUGUACUAGAUUCCAGCAUAAGAAGAUUCAUCAAGCUACCGUGCUGUCUCCGGAUCGAUCAUGUUGUGAUAGACGGAAGACACGUCUCCAGUGUUUUAGAUGUGCGUGCGCUCCGAGGUCCUAACAUCGACACGGACCACUAUCUUGUUGCAGCUAAGAUUCGCACCCGCCUCUGCGCAGCAAAAAACGCGCGCCACCAAACACAAGGAAGGUUCGACGUCGAGAAGCUGCAAUCACAACAGACAGCCGAACGAUUUUCUACUCGGCUUGCACUCCUGCUCUCUGAGAGCACUCGUCAACAACUCGGUAUAAGGGAAAUGUGGGACGGCAUUUCAAACUCCUUACGUACAGCUGCAACCGAAACCAUUGGUUUUCGGAAAGUGCAAAAGAACUGCUGGUACGACGAGGAGUGCCGUGUCGUAGCGGAGAGAAAACAGGCUGCCUACCUCGCAACGUUACGAUCGACCACUACACGUGCGGGAUGGGAUAGAUACCGAGAGUUGAAGAGGGAAGCGAGACGCAUUUGUAGACAGAAGAAGAAAGAGGCUGAAAUGCGUGAGUACGAAGAGCUUGAUAAGCUGGCCGACAGGGGUAAUGCUCGAAAAUUCUACGAAAAAAUGCGGCGGCUUACGGAAGGUUUCAAGACCGGAGCGUAUUCCUGUAGAACCCUCAAAGGUGAUCUAGUCACUGAUGCACAGAGCAUACUUAAAUUAUGGAGGGAACACUUCUCCAGCCUGCUGAAUGACAGUGAAGGUACAACGUCAGAAGAAGGCGAACCCGAUUUACCAAUCGAUGACGAUGGAGCAGACGUUCCAUUGCCUGACCAAGAAGAAGUUCGAAUAGCAAUUACCCGUCUGAAGAACAACAAAGCGGCGGGGGCCGAUGGAUUGCCGGCCAAGCUAUUCAAACACGGCGGCGAAGAACUGAUAAGGAGCAAGCAUCAGCUUCUUUGCAAAAUAUGGUCGGACGAAAGCAUGCCCAACGAUUGGAAUUUAAGUGUGCUAUGCCCAAUCCACAAAAAGGGAGACCCCACAAUCUGCGCCAACUACCGUGGGAUAAGCCUCCUCAACAUCGCAUAUAAGGUUCUAUCGAGCGUAUUGUGUGAAAGAUUAAAGCCCACCGUCAACAAACUGAUUGGACCUUAUCAGUGUAGCUUUAGACCUGGCAAAUCAACAACCGACCAGAUAUUCACCAUCCGCCAAAUCUUGGAACAGACCCGUGUCGAGAAUCGACACACACCACCUUUUCGUCGAUUUCAAAGCUGCUUUCGACAGCACGAAAAGGAGCUGCCUUUAUGCCGCGAUGUCUGAAUUUGGUAUCCCCGAAAAACUAAUACGGCUGUGUAAACUGACGUUGAGCAACACCAAAAGCUCCGUCAGAAUCAGGAAGCACUUUUCCGAGCCGUUCGAUACCAAACGAGGUUUCAGACAAGGCGACUCCCUAUCGUGCGACUUCUUCAACCUGCUUCUGGAGAAAAUAAUUCGAGCUGCAGAACUAAAUAGAGAAGGCACCAUCUUCUAUACGAUGAUAUUGAUAUCAUCAGCCUUAACACCCGCGCCGUUAGUUCUGCUUUCUCCAGACUGGACAAGGAAGCAAAGCAGAUGGGUCUGGCAGUGAACGAGGGCAAGACGAAAUAUCUCCUGUCAUCAAACAAACACUCGUCGCACUCGCGACUUGGCUCUCACGUCACUGUUGACAGCCAUAACUUUGAAGUCGUAGAUAAUUUCGUCUAUCUUGGAACCAGCGUAAACACCACCAACAAUGUCAGCCUAGAAAUCGAACGCAGGAUUGCUUUUGCCAACAGGUGCUACUUCGGACUGAGUAGGCAAUUGAGAAGCAAAGUCCUCUCUCGACGAACAAAAACCAAACUCUAUAAAUCACACAUAAUUCCCGUCCUGCUAUAUGGUGUAGAGGCUUGGACGAUGACAACAACUGCUGAGUCGACGUUGCGAGUUUUCGAGAGAAAGGUUCUGCGAAAGAUUUUUGGUCCUUUGCGUGUUGGUAUGGCGAAUAUCGCAUUCGAUGGAACGAUGAGCUGUAUGAGAUAUACGGUUCAGGGAAUUAAAAGACAGCGGCUACGCUGGCUAGGUCAUGUUGUCCAAAUGGAUGAAAACACUCCAGAUCUGAAAGUAUUCGACGCAGUACCCGCCGGGGGAAGCAGAGGAAGAGGAAGACCUCCCCUACGUUGGAAGGACCAAGUGGAGAAGGACCUGGCUACACUUGGAAUAUCCGAUUGGCGCCAUGUAGCGAAAAGAAGAAACGACUGACGCGCUGUUGUCAACUCGGCUAUAAUCGCGUAAGCGGUGUCUACGCCAAUUAAGAAGAAGAAGAGCUGCACAGAAGAAUGAGUUUUUCCUAAAAUUUUACCUACUAUAUUUCGUGGAACGAUUUUUCUUCCGUUUUAGUUUUAAGAUAAUUUUUCUUUCAUCAUAGUUAAUCUCCUUCUUUUCGGGCGUAAAUUAUUUUUCCCCAGAACUUCAAAAUGUAAACAAAAUAACGUAUUCACAUUAAAAUUUAACUCACAAUAAAAUGCAACGGCUUUGAAGACGAAAAAGCCGCUACGUUAAAAGGGGAAUCCCCUUUUAGGAGCUAUA